UCCUUGCUGUUUCUCUCUGACUGCUUUUCCUGCUACACACAAUGGCCGAAGCUAGGCUCUUAGCAUUUGAGGAUGAGUUGAUCUGCUCACUGUGUCUAGACACCCUGACUGACCUUGUGUCACUGCAUUGUGGUCACAGUUUCUGUCUGAAGUGCCUCACAGACUGCUGGGAUCGGAGCCAAGUGUACUGCUGUCCACAGUGCAAGAGGACCUUCACCACCAGGCCUGAACUGCAUGUAAAGACUGGGCUGAGUGAAGCUGUCAAGAAAUUGAAGAAGGUGGAACUCUGUCCUCCACCUCCUCCUCCGGCUCAGAAUUAUGCCGGCCCUGGAGACGUGGAGUGUGAUGCCUGCACUGGGAAGAAGUUUGGAGCAAUGAAGUCCUGUCUGACCUGUAUGGCCUCUUUCUGUCAGACUCACCUGCAGCCUCACAUUGAAGGAGACGCUUGGAAAGGACACAAGCUGGUUGACCCAGAUGCAAAUCUAAAGGAGAAGCUUUGUGCAAAACAUCAUAAAAGUUUCGAAAUAUUUUGUAAAACUGAUGAGACUUGUAUCUGCAUGAUGUGUGUGGUGACCGGACACAAUGGCCAUAAAAUGGUUGAGCUGGAGAUGGAAAGAGAAGAAAAACAGAAACAGCUGGGGGCAACGCUGAGUGAAAUCAGAAUGAAACUUGUGGAGAAAGAGAAGAUAAUGCAGGAGACGAGGAGGGCGAUGGAGCAGAUGAAGAUUUCUGCGAAAAGAGAAGUAGAAAAAAAUGAAAAGAGCUUUGCCGAUUUAAUUCGCUGCAUCAAAGAAACCCGCAGGAAACUGAUUGAGAGGAUCAGAGAACAACAGAAGAGAGAAGUGGAGAAAGCUGAAGGAGUCAUGAAGCGACUAGAGAAGGAGAUAGAGGAGCUGAAGAGGAGAGGCACUGAAUUGAAGGAGUUUGCUGAGAUUAAGGACAACAUCCACUUCUUAAAGAAUUUUUCAUCUCGCCGAGUCCUUCCUGAUGAUGGAGACUCACUCAGCUUCACUGCCACUGCUGAUUUCUCUUUUGAGGACCUGAGAAAAGAGCUGUCAUGUCUGAAGAAGAGUCUUGAGAAGAUCAGCCAGCAGGACAUCAUGACAUGGACUCCCUCAGGUCAUGAAGCUCCAAUUUUUUCCCUACAGCCUCCUGAACAUCGAAGCAGAGAGGAGUUUUUACAAUGUCAUGAAGCUCCAAUUUUCUCCCUACAGCCUCCUGAACAUCGAAGCAGAGAUGAGUUUUUACAAUACUUCUGUCCACUCACACUGGACAGCAACACGGCACACAGAUUCCUCCGUCUGUCUGAAGGGAACAAGAAGGUGACAUGUAAGAAAACAAAGACCAAACAUCCUGAUAAUCCUGACAGAUUUCAAAGCUGGGCCCAAGUCCUCUGCAGAGAGGCUCUUGCUGGGACUCGCUGUUACUGGGAGGUGGAGUGGAGUGGAGACAUUAUGGCAAUAGGAGUUGCAUAUAAAGGAAUAAGCAGGAAAGGGGAGGAGUGCCGCCUUGGGCACAAUGAUAAGUCCUGGAGUUUGUGGUGGUCUUAUUUAAAGUGUUUUGUAUGUCACGAUGACAAGCAGUCUGUAAUCAGUGCCCCCUACAGCCCCAGAGUAGGUGUGUAUCUGGACUGGCCUGCUGGCACGCUGUCAUUUUAUAGCGUCUCACACACAAUGACCCUCCUGCAUAGGUUCGACACCUCCUUCACUGAGCCCCUCUAUCCAGGGUUUUGUCUUGGUCCUGACUCCAGUGUAACAAUCAGCCAUCUGACACCAGGUGACCACUGACCCUCUACUGAUCUCCACAAGUGCAGGUCCUCUUUGUGUUUGUAGUUUUGGGGUCUGUAGCACUAGGGUGUUGUACCGUGUUACUCAUUAUGAAUGUAGUGAGAAGUCAAGUGAAAUGACAUCUUUUAUUGGCUAACUAAGAAAAUUAUAAUAUGCAAGCUUUUCAGGCGAUUCAGGCCCCUUCUUCAGGCAUGAUGGGGUCAUAAUCAGUUUUACAGGAUGGAUGAGAAGGCAGCACUUCUGUGACUGAAUUUAAGGAAUGAAAAGGCAGGACGAUUGCAGCUGUCUAUUAUUAUUUUUCAGUAUUUGUUUUACAUGCAAUUGCUAAGCAGAUGCUUCCAUACAAAGUAACUGACAAUAGUGACAAAUAUUACUGUGUUUAGUUUAACAUUUGAAUAAGCAAUCAGAAUUAUGUGUUUUAUAGUGAGGGGCACUUCAAAGAGAAGAUGGUCUGAAGGAUGAAGGGCUGCUUAUGUAUCUCAUGUGAGUGGUGUGAUGUAUUCUUGCUUUUUUCCUUGUUUUUUGUACUGUUGUGUUGUAUUCAUGAGGUAGCCAUGAUAGAUUGGGCAUCAAGCUCAGUGAAGAGGAUUGCUUGUGUUCUCUGUGUUGUUUUUAUCUCAUUUUUUGGACACCCGUUGCAUGCCCAACCUACCUGGAAGGAAGUCUCUCUUUAAAUUGCAUUUCCCAAGAUUUCUUCUGCUGAUUUUUCUUGUCUUCUUAGGGAGUUAAAGUUGGGCAGCUGUUAAAAAACAGGGCUUGUUAAAAACCCAACAAAGCAUUCCUUGUGUUAUUUUGGGCUAUACAAGAAAUACAUUUUUGUUGUUGUCUCUCUGCUGUAAUACAACUUAAAUAAACUAAAAAGUGAA